CACUAAUGUAAUUUCCACCUCUCUGUAAAGAGCCUACCCGGUGAAAUUUCCUUAUUGGCAAGUCGCAAUACGUUUUGUCCAUUUGGGCCGUGUUGUGGGCGAAAAGUCUACUUGGGCCAAGUCGAUUGAAAGACCACCGUUCACCACCGCCGCCUCCGCCUCCUUCUCCGGCGAACUCCUCCCGACCACCUCCCUUCCCGUUAUCAGGUUCCCCUCUUUCUCCUUUUUCAUGUUUGUGUAAUUGUUCAAAAAGACCGAAAAAAGAACCCUAAUUUUUCCGACGAGAAUUUUGCUAUGAAUAACAAUAACCCAGUUAAGAAUGUUAGUUUAGGAAACUCCGGGCCAACUCCAAUGCAAAUUCCUCAAACUAUGCCGAUUAACCAUAAUAAUCAACCAGCAAGGCGCCAUUUCCCUGGCCAUUUUCAGUUAUCUGAACAACAAUCCCAACGCUCUCAUCCCCAAUUCCAAGCACAAGCACAGGCAUUUAGCCAUUUUAUUACUUCGGGCGUUAACGCGAAUGUUGGUGCUGGUGCUGGUGUGUUGUCUCCUGCUAGUUCAACUCCGAAUACAGGAGGUUCUGGAGGAAGUAGAAAAGUGCUCAAUCGACCACCUUCUCGUACCGGUGGUUCGUCUAGUGGGCAAGCAACUGCUUCACCGCUAAAGACGAUGGAAUUAACGCCUGCUGUACGUAGGAAAAAGAGGAAAGUUUCUGAUAAGUUUAUACCUGAUAAACUGGCUGCGGUUUUGCCUGAGUCUGCACUUUUCUCUCAGUUGCUUGAACUUGAGGCUCGUGUAGAUGCUGCUCUUUGUAGAAAGAAGGUCGAUAUGUCGGAAUCACUUAAGAGUCCUCAACGUUUCCAGAAAACACUUAGGAUUUAUGUGUUCAAUACUUUUGCGAAUCAGACGCGAGGUGAUUCGGAUAGUGUUACGAACGAGCCAGCUUCAUGGUCUCUUAAGAUUAUUGGGAGGAUCUUAGGGGGUGGGCCGGGUUCUGUAGCGUCUGAAAGAGAACAGAAAUUGGGUGUUUCUUGCCCCAAGUUUUCGUCUUUUUUCAAAAAAGUUACUGUUUACUUGGAUCAGAGUUUAUACCCUGAUAACCAUGUGAUUUUGUGGGAUAGUUCGCGUUCACCAGCACUUCAUGACGGUUUUGAGAUUAAGAGAAAAGGGGAUAAGGAGCUUACUGCAAUCAUCAGAAUGGAAAUGAAUUAUAUGCCUGAGAAAUUUAAACUAUCGCCAGCUUUGCAAGAGGUUCUUGGUAUUGAGGUUGAUACACGAGCUAGAGUUUUAUCUGCUUUGUGGUACUACAUAAAAACUAGGAAGCUACAGAUAUCCCUUGACACCUCAUCGUUCACUUGUGAUCCUCCUCUAAGGAGGAUUUUUGGAGAAGAAAAGUUGAAAUUUUCCCAGGUUUCUCAAAAGAUUAAUCCGCAUCUGACUGCCCCUCAACCUAUUCACUUGGAGCACAGGAUUAAGCUAUCUGGAAAUAGCCCAGCUGGGAACACUUGUUAUGAUGUACUGGUUGAUGUUCCCUUCACAGUGCAGAAGGAAUUAUCCACCUUCUUAUCUGAUUUAGAGAAGAACAAGGAGAUUGAUGCAUAUGAUGAAACUAUUUCCACUGCUAUAAAGAAAAUCCAUGAACAUCGGAGAAGGCGAGCUUUCUUCCUGGGAUUUAGUCAGUCACCUGCCGAUUUUAUUAAUGCAUUAGUUGCAUCUCAAGCCAGGGAUCUUAAGCUUGUUUCUGAUGAUUCAACCCGUGAUUCAGAAAUGGAGAAACGUUCUGAAUUCUACAAUCAGACUUGGACUGAAGACGCCGUCGUCCGCUACUUGAACCGCAAUCAUGCUUCUGGUGCUGACCAUUCUGCAAGAAAAUAGGGCCUGUCCUGCCAUCCUUUGGACAAAGACGUCUUACUUAAACUAGGGGAUCUCAUCUAGCUGCUGAUAGCAAAAGAGCAUAUUGUAUAUCAGUCGGGCUUGAAUGUUAAGACAUUUGUCGACUUCGCAAAAGGAUAACGAGGAACGACCUCCUGCGAGCCAAUGUUACUAAUGUGGCGUAGUUGUAAUUAUGUUGGAAAUGCUUUGUUUGUUAAUGGCUGGAGUAGAAUUCACAGCUGAUCAGCAUUUCGUAGUUAGCCAUUCUUGACUUUAUGGUGUUUCGUUAGAUGCAUGCUGGAAUAGGAAAUUGCUCGUUAAUAGUUCAACUUAUUGUAAUUGGUAGAAGCAGCUGAUGUCUACUUUUAUCAUUUCAAUGGAAGGAUAGACAAUUGGUGCUGUAUUUGAUUAGAACCUAGAAUGUGUUAAUCUUAUGGCAAAAGUUGAUCCGCAA